AUGGACGACUCAAUGUUCGACGUCGAUGACGCCAGCUCAGAUUUUGAGCCUGUCUCUAAGCCCAAGGCGAAACCUGUAAAAAAAGCCUCUGAAUCCAAGGCCGCAACGAAGAAGUCUACAGUUCCCAAAGCGAAGCCUGGCCCGAAGCCAAAGACCACUGUUCCCAAGAAGCGCCCGCAGAAAGACGCAGAAGACGACGUCUCGGAGGAUGAAGGUGGCAAUCCCUUCGAUGACGAGUCUCUGCUUGAAGAUACUCCUCCGCAGGCUAAGAAACCAAAGCCGAACCCCGUCAAAGGGAGCCACAAGAUGCCUCUCGCCGAUGUUGUCAAUGAAGCCCUAGGCCUGGAUGGCGCGACUGACUCUCCACAGCCUCAGAAAAAGAAGAAGCGCGUCUCUGAGCAAUACCAAAAGCUUACUCAGUUGGAACACAUCAUCAAGCGUCCUGACACCUACAUUGGCUCGGUCGAGCGUACAGAAAGGCAGAUGUGGGUUUACAACUCGGAACAAGACUGCAUGGAGUUCCGGGAAAUAUCUUUCGUCCCCGGUAUCUUCAAGAUCUUUGAUGAGAUCUUGGUCAAUGCAGCGGACAACAAGCAGAACGACAAGAAGAUGGACGAGAUUCGUGUCACCGUAGACCGUGAAAAGGGCGAAGUCAGCGUGUGGAACAAUGGCCGGGGUAUUCCUAUCGAGAUUCAUUCAAAAGAAAAAAUCUACAUCCCGGAGAUGAUUUUUGGCCACCUCUUGACCGGCUCAAAUUACGAUGACGAGGAACAAAAGAUUACGGGCGGCAGGAACGGCUACGGUGCAAAGCUGGCCAACAUUUUCAGCACAGAAUUCACAGUUGAGACUGCCGACUCGAAACAGAAGAAGAAGUACAAGCAGACAUGGACCAAAAAUAUGUCCGAGAUGGGCAAGGCCAAGAUCACUGAUUCCAAAGGGGAAGACUACACCAAAGUCACAUUCUACCCCGACUUCGCGAAAUUUGGUAUGACGGCCAUGGAUGAUGAUCUCGAAGCACUCUUCAAGCGCCGGGUUUAUGACCUUGCCGGCACUUGUAAAGGUGUCAAAGUCAAGCUUAACGGGUCCACAAUUCCUGUCAGAAACUUCAAGAAGUAUAUUGAAAUGUACACCAAAGCCAUUAAGAAAGAGCGUGGCGAGGAGGCUGCAAAAGAUACCUCUGAAAUCAUCACCGAAUCUCCCGAUCCUCGGUGGGAGAUUGGCUUCGCCGUGUCUGAUGGCUCCUUCCAACAAGUGUCAUUUGUCAACUCCAUCGCCACCACGUCCGGAGGCACCCACGUCAAUUAUGUGGCCGACCAGAUCGUCAAUCGCUUGAUGGAAGUCGUUAAGAAGAAGAACAAAGCCGGUGCUCAACUGAAGCCGAAUCAGAUUCGCAACCAUAUCUUCGUUUUCGUGAACGCCCUCAUCGUAAAUCCUGCCUUCACAUCGCAGACCAAAGAACAACUGACCACAAAAGCUAGUCAGUUCGGAAGCAAAUGCCAGGUGUCAGAGGAGUUUAUGAAGAAGGUUGCAAAGACUGAAGUCGUUAACAACAUACUUCACUUUGCUCAGCAGAAAGCUGAUCAAAUCCUCAAGAAAUCGGACGGGAGCAAGCGAAGCCGAAUGAACAACCCCAAGUUGACGGACGCAAACAAGGCCGGCACGAGAGAAGGGCACAAGUGUACGUUGAUCUUGACCGAAGGUGACUCGGCGAAAGGUCUUGCCAUGGCAGGACGUUCCGUCGUCGGUCCCGACCUGUUCGGCGUGUUCCCGCUUCGGGGCAAGCUCCUCAACGUCCGAGAUGCUUCUAUUGACCAAAUUUCGAAAAACGCUGAGAUCCAGAACAUCAAGAACUUCCUGGGGCUACAGCACAAGAAGGUGUAUGCGGACACCAACGGUCUCCGCUACGGACAUUUGAUGAUUAUGACUGAUCAAGACCAUGAUGGAAGUCAUAUCAAGGGACUGCUAAUCAACUUCUUGCAAGUUCAAUUCCCAAGUCUGCUCAAGAUCCCGAAAUUCUUGGUCGAGUUCAUUACUCCCAUCGUGAAGGUGUGGAAGGGUGAUCCCAAGAAUCCCACUCAGUCUCGCGCGUUUUAUACCAUGCCGGAGUAUGAGGCUUGGAAAGAAGCCCACAAACAUGAACGCGGCUGGGAGAACAAAUAUUACAAGGGGUUGGGUACAAGCACGACGGAGGACGCACAGCAGUACUUCAAUGACAUCGACAAGCAUCACAAGGAAUUCGACGUCAUGAAGGACGAAGAGGCCGCCUUGAUCGAACUGGCCUUUUCCAAGAAGAAGGCCGACGAGCGAAAGGAGUGGUUGCGCCAAUUCAAGCCAGGCACCUUUUUGGACCACACGACCAAGAACAUUUCCUACACCGAUUUCGUCAACAAAGAACUCAUCUUGUUCAGCAUGGCUGACAAUAUCCGAUCUAUUCCCUCGGUAGUUGAUGGCCUGAAGCCUGGUCAGCGGAAAGUCAUGUAUGCAUGCUUCAAGCGCAACCUGAAAAAGGAUAUGAAGGUCGCUGAGCUGGCGGGUCUGGUCGGUGGUAUGACGGCGUACCACCAUGGUGAAACCUCACUGCAGCAGACGAUUGUCGGGUUGGCACAAAACUUUGUCGGAUCGAACAAUGUGAACUUGUUGGAGCCCUCCGGCCAAUUUGGUACUCGGAACCAGGGCGGCAGUGAUUCUGCAAGCGCUCGAUACAUUUUCACUCGUCUAUCGCCCUUCGCAAGGAAGUUGUUCCACCAAGCCGAUGAACCGCUUCUGACCUACAACUAUGAUGACGACAAGAAGAUUGAGCCUGAGGUGUACGUACCGGUCGUCCCAAUGGUCCUCGUCAAUGGUGCCGAUGGUAUUGGCACGGGUUGGAGCUCUUCCAUCCCCAACUACAAUCCAGAAGACAUCGUGGAAAAUCUCAAACGCAGAAUGGCUGGCGAAGAGUGGAAGCCCAUGCAACCUUGGUUCCGCGGGUUCAAGGGUGAGGUCAAAGCUACAGGGCCCGAUCGGUUUCAAUUCAGUGGCAUCAUCCACCAGACCGGUGACACUGAAGUUGAGAUAACAGAGUUGCCCAUCCGCACCUGGACGCAGGAUUUCAAAGACCGCCUAGAAGAAAUUAUCAAAGCAGAGAAGACUCCCUCGUUUAUCAAGGACUACAAGGAUUACAAUACUCACGAUACAGUCCAUUUUAUCAUCCAGUUGGACGAGAAACACAUGAAGUCCGCAAAUGAAGAAGGUUUGGUGGAAAAAUUCAAACUCACAAGGUCAGUAGCGACAUCAAAUCUGGUCGCGUUUGAUCCAGAGGGCCGCAUCACCAAAUAUGCGAACGUCGAAGCCAUCAUGGACGAAUUCUACAGCUAUCGUCUGCAGCUGUAUGCCAAGCGCAAGGAAUGGCUUCUGCAAGAGAUGCAGAAAGACCUCAGACGGCUCACUAACCAAGCUCGGUUCAUUCAGAUGAUAAUUGAUGGGAAACUUAUUAUCUCCAAGAAGAGAAAAGCUGUGCUUAUUGCAGAGCUUCAGAAGCUUGGAUUCGAUGCGUUUCCUAAGACGCUAGAUGCAGCCAAAGAAGGCGAGACCGAGCCUGUUGUCGAAGACGACGAAGAUUCCGUUGACGCUAGCGCUUACGACUACCUGCUCGGCAUGGCUCUUUGGUCUCUUACGCAGGAGCGAGUCGAGAGACUUCAGCGACAAAUCGGAGACAAAGAAGAGGAGAUAGAUGCCUUGAUGAAGAAAACCAAGGAAGAUCUUUGGAAACAUGAUCUGGAUGAAUUUAUCGCUGAAUGGAGGUUCCAGCUAGAGGACGAGCAUAACCGCAAGCGCAAUAUUCGAAAGGGACGUCGAGUUUCGAAGAAAUUUGCCACAGCAGCAACAGCAAAGCCUACCGUCAAGAAACGCAAAGGACUUGGUGAUGCGUUCGAUGAUGACUCUGAUUUCCAGGAGUCUGCUCCAAAAGCAAAGAAGAGUGCUGCACCGAAAUCGGUCCAGGUUUCGAAACAGCGCUCCAUCACAGCGUAUGCCGCCCCAAAAACCAAUGCUCUGAAGAAUGCUCUCGAUAAGCGAGCCAUGUUUACUGAUGGUGCCAGUGACCCUAUUGAGGCUCCAGAGGACGACUUUGCGAUGCCUGGCGAAAACGACCGUGUCAAUGGCAUGAAAGACGAGUCCGACGGCGAGAGCCGUAUUCUCAAGGCUGCACCGCGACACGCUCGUGCAGCAACCAAAAAGCCAACAAACUAUGCACUAUUGAGUGACUCUGACGGCGAUAACGGAGACGAUCUGCUUGCUGAUCUUGGGGACAUGGUGAAAGGCCUACCAAGCAAUCCUAACCCAGAUAGCGGCACUGAAUCGCGUGCGCUUUUCUCCAAUUCUGUUUCCCGUCCAAGCAGCAGCCAUGGUUAUAAGCCGGCUCUAAAGCCAGCUGUCAAAGCCUCGAUUAAUCUAUCGGACGAUGAGACAGACUACAAGAUGCUUGCCCCACAGCAGUCUCCAAGACGCUCCAUCAUUGUGACAAAUAAGGAUGACACCCACGUGGUGGUGGAUUCCGACGUGGACGGUGCUCCAGUGAAGCCCACCAAGAAGCCAGCACCUAAGAAAGCGAAGAAGAUCGUCAGCGACGAUAGUGAGAGUGAUGUUAUCGUCCUGCCGAAAGCAACCAAGAAGGUCCCUACCAAGAAGGUAGCGAAGGAUGAUGAGCAAGCAAAAUCAAAGAAGGCGGCGCCGAAGAAAGCUCCAGCACCAAAGAAGGUUGGGCAGUCUCCCGCGGCGAAGGCCUAUGCAAAAAGACUGGCAAAGAAGAAGGUCGUGGAUUCGGAUGACGACAUGGAUGCUCUGGCAGAUGAUAUUCUGAAGUCACCUUCAGGCUCGGAACCAGACGAAGCCGUUGCCAAAAGACCGGCGGCGAGACCUGCGAGACGUGCCGUGACUGCGAAGAAGCCGACGACUUAUACUUUCGAUGACGAUGACGACGAUGAAGAUGACCACAGUCAAGAUGCGGGUUUCGAUGACGAGGGUUCAUCGGCGGCCUUUUCGGAUGAGUAA